GAUACACUCAGAUGUGGACACAAGAGAUUAAGUGCAGAGGAAAUGAAUCUCAGAUGCACUUAUGUCCAACAUCACUGCCACACAAAUACAACUGUUCACAUGAUAAUGAUGUUGGACUGGUGUGUGCAGACAGUGUGAAUGUGAGACUGGUAAAUGGUAGCAGUCGCUGUGCUGGUAGAGUGGAGGUGUUUCACAGAGGUCAGUGGGGAACAGUGUGUGAUGACAGCUGGGAUAUGGCUGAUGCUGCAGUUGUGUGUAGAGAGCUGGACUGCGGAAAACCUGUAGAUGCUCUGGGUAAUGCUCAUUUUGGACCAGGAUCAGGACCAAUCUGGACAAACUGUAUGUUAUGUACUGGAUCAGAGACUACACUGAAAAACUGUGGAUCGGCUGAGUUCUUUAAUUAUAACUGUAAUCAUGAUACUGAUGCUGGAGUCAUCUGCUCAGGAGUCCGGCUGGUUGGAGAUUCUCACUGCUCUGGGAGAUUGGAGAUAUAUCAUAAUCAGACAUGGAUGUCAGUGUGUGAUGCUGUCUUUGACCCGCAGGAUGCAGAGGUUGUGUGUAGAGAGCUGGACUGUGGGGCUCCUGUACAGGUGCUGGGAGCAGCUGCUUUUCACAAAGGAGACGCUCAGAUGUGGACAAAAGAGAUUCAGUGCAGAGGAGAUGAAUCUCAGAUUCAAAUGUGUCCAGCAUCACAGAAACACAACUGUUCUCAUGAUGAUCACCAGGCGCUUCUGUGUGCUGACGUAAUGAAUGUGAGACUGGUAAAUGGAAACAGUCCUUGUGCUGGUCGAGUGGAGGUUCUUCAUAGAGGUCAGUGGGGAACAGUGUGUGAUGCUAGCUGGGAUGUGCCUGAUGCUGCAGUGUUGUGUAGAGAGCUGGACUGUGGAGAACCUGUAGAUGCUUUAGGUGCUGCUUAUUUUGGACAAGGAUCAGGACCAAUCUGGAUGAGUGUUUUAACAUGUACAGGAACAGAGUCUACACUGAAGAACUGUGGAUCAGCAGGUUGGAAUAAACCUCUCUGCACUCAUAAUAGUGAUGCUGGAGUCAUCUGCUCAGGUGCAGAUUCCACUCUUCAACAUCAGUUCCAGCACACAGACUGGAGUGAGUUUGCUGCCCAGGCCACCACAAACUCUCGGAUCAACAUUGACAAUUACACCAACUCUGUCCUGGAGCACAUCAACACAUGUGUGAGCAGAGUGACCACACCCAAAAAAAUAAAAAUGUUCCCUAAUCAGAAGCCCUGGAUGAACAGAGAGGUUCGCCUCCUGCUCAGAGCAAGAGAUGCAGCCUUCAAGUCUGGUGACCAGGAGGCUUACAGCUCAGCCAGAGCCAACCUGAGGAAGGGUAUCUGCCAGGCCAAACUCACACAUAAACAGAGGAUUGAAGAACACUUCAAUUCUUCAGACCCCCGGCAUAUGUGGCAAGAACCCGUUAAACAAAACCAGCUCCCCUAA